GCUCAUAAUGAGGACAAUUAGCUUACUGAUUGGAUGUAUGUAAAUUUCUUGGUCUGGAUAAGCAUAGAAUAAUCUGCAAAUGAGCCUUGAAAUUAUCAAUUGUUUUGUCUCAUUAACUACAAAGAAAGAAAUAACAACUUGCAAUAGCAUAUUCUGUCGGAGACAUUAUUGCCAUAUAAAUCGUUAUUAUUAGGUUAGGUGCAUGAACUCAUACUGUCAGAACUACGACCAUCUCUCUGUUUCUCCGUCUUUUUCACAAGUACUGUUGAAACAUGUUCAAGAAUGGAUUCAGUAACAGACGGAUUGCAUCUAUUUCAAGAAUCUCGUAUUCUGGCUUCUUCUUCAACAAUGGCUUCUCUACCCAGACUGGAAGCAAGCUAGAGGGCAAGGUGGCACUGAUCACAGGGGGAGCUAGCGGCAUCGGAAAGGCAACUGCUACCAAAUUCAUCAACAACGGUGCAAAAGUUAUUAUUGCUGAUAUUCAACACCAACUCGGUCAAGACACUGCAAAAGAACUCGGACCCAAUGCAGCGUUCAUAGCCUGCGACGUCACUAAAGAAUCUGAUAUAUCCAACGCCGUAGAUUUUUCCGUUUCUGAAUUCAACCAACUAGACAUCAUGUUCAACAAUGCAGGAGUGGCCUGUCACACUCCUCCCAGUAUUGUGGACCUUGAUCUAGCAGCAUUUGAUAGAGUGAUGAACAUAAAUGUGCGAGGAGUAAUCGCAGGGAUUAAGCACGCAGCGCGUGUGAUGAUUCCUCGAAGAACCGGCUCCAUUCUGUGUACUGCUAGCAUCACAGGAGUUAUCGGCGGAUCAGCUCAACCCACAUAUUCUGUGUCUAAGGCUGCUGUUAUAGGAAUUGUUAGGUCUGUAACAUCACAACUGUGUCAGUACGGUAUCAGAGUCAAUUGUGUAUCGCCAUUUGUAAUUCCGACUGCCUUUGUCAUGCAAGAAAUGGCUCAAUACUAUCCAGGAGUUGAUGCUCAAAAGCUAGUGGAAAUGCUGCAUAAUACUGGUAUACUAAAGGGGAAAAACUGCGAGCCGGUAGACAUAGCUAAUGCUGCUUUGUAUCUUGUAUCUGAUGAUGCUAAGUAUGUUAAUGGGCAUAAUUUAGUCGUAGAUGGAGGGUUUACGGUAUGCAAGAGUCUAGGAUUUCCAGCGCCGGAUCAGAUGUAAUUUGAACCCAAUGAACGGAAACAGUACUAAAUUUUAUUUUCUUGA